AGUCCGGUUUAUCAGUAAUUCACUUACAGUUACAAGAAUUCGCGGCAAAUCUUGUUACCACCACUUUCCCACGUUUUUAUACCGUUCACACUUAUUAUAGAGUAUAGACUUCAGCUGAUUGUUCUCAACAAACUUUUUCAAUAGUUUUAAAAUGAUUCUUCGACCUGCCCUUAUAUCGACCUUCCUCCUUGCUGUGUUGAUACUUGUGUGCACCACCUCCCCAACAAAGAGAAGCAGUGAUGAGGAGCAAAUAGUAAAAAGUGCUUCUGAUGAUAACGAGUACAGAGCAGUGACGCUGUCUAACAAGAUAAGAUGUGUCCUGGUGUCAGAUAAGAGUACUGAGAUAGCUGCUGUGCAACUGCAAGUUGAUGCUGGCGCUGUGCACGAGGAUACAGCUGGACUCGCCCAUCUUGUGGAACAUAUGAUAUUCUUUGGAUCUGUGAAGUACCCUGAUGGAAAAUUAUAUACUGAUUAUCUAGAAGAGAAUGGCGGAGGGUAUAACGGUUUUACAGGAUCGACCUAUACUGGGUACGUAUUUCAAGUCAACAACAAGUCUUGGGCAAAGGCUGGGGAAAUGCUCGCCAGCUUAAUAGGUGAACCAAUAUUCUCGAGAAACAUGUUCGAAUCAGCUAUUGAAGCAGUGGACAGUGAAUAUAGAAUUCGUCUGAGAAGUGAUAUCAGAAGUCUGGCCACGUUAUCCCUGGAGCUCUCUAACCCGGAAGCCAGAGACAGUGGAUUUACAGUAGGAAGCAGAGAAACUCUCAACGUUACUGAUAUAUACGAACAGGUGGUAGCGUUCCAUGAUCGGUUCUACAGUGCUAACCUCAUCUCUCUGGUUAUCGUGGCUAAUGAUACUCUUGAUAGUUUGGAAGGCCUUGCAGAGGAAACGUUUGGCAACAUCCCAAACAACAAUCGACAACUGCCGAUAUACACAUCUUUACCCUUUCCGACCAAAGACAAGAGGUACCUCGGGAAGAAGAUCUAUUAUAAAAUAAAAGGAACCGGACACGAAAUAACAAUAGGAUUCCCAGUCAACAUUCCAGGCUACCCCUCUCUAAGCUACAUAAAAUACCUGCUAAACCACAAAGGGAGCGGCUCAAUCUACCAGUACCUUCUCACACGUGGUUACAUCACAACAAGUUGGUCAGCUGAAACCACACUUGAUGGCCCACAGAAAGUAAUCCUAGCUCUGAUAUGCGGGGCCACCGAGAAGGGAGUUACUGAUCCGGAGUUUAUACUUACUGCAGUGUUUAGGUACCUGAGAGCAACAUGUAGUGAUGGGGUUAACGUUCAGUUGUGGAACUCAGUUAACGAGAUUAACAAGCUAACGUUUAGGUUCCAAGAGAAAGUGAGACCUAAUAGUAUUGCUUAUAGUAUCGUAGGAAACAUGAAGGCAACUAAUGAUCCACGCAAGUUUCUGGGAGCACCGUCCCAAGAGAAACUGGAUGUGACGGCGGAAAAUGAGAUUCUGGGCUUCUUCGAUCCGGACAAUUUUAAUCUUUACGUUGGAUCAGAUUCCUUCUCAGACUCUGAAGCCACGAGCCAUGGUCCUCGUCUGACAAAAAGUGAAUAUUAUUACAAUACACCUUACCUUGACACUAGUUUCACUGAGGAGCAGCUGGAGGCCUGGAGGGAUAUUGAAACAGAUCCAGAACUUCAUUUGCCUAAACCCAAUACUCUGAUACCGAAAAAUUUGAAAAUAUUCCGGAUUGAGGAUGACGCUGGGGAUUUACCGUUAGAAAUUGUGAGUAGGAAUGAAGACGAUGUCAACAUUUGGUGGUUUCAAGAUCAAGAGUGGCAAAAACCGAAGGUGUGGAUAAAAUGUAAGAUCUACCCAUCUACUAUUGCCACAGAUGCUAGAUCAAAAGCGAUUCUUUAUAUGUUGGACCUGAUGUUUGAUCAAAUAAAAGACUUAGCAUUUUACGACGUUAAAGAAGUGAAGAUGCAUCCAGUAAUCAAAUUUGCAAAAGACUGGACAAUAUCUAUUUCUGGUUAUUCCGACCCCAAGAAGAUAGAGGCCGUUAUCAUCAAAAUGAUGAACGCCUUGUUCAGUUUGAGCUUUGAGAUGGAUGAAGCACGUUUUAACGCCACUGUCGUGAAACCAACUCAAAGGAUAUUUGAUGUCAGUACCAAUACUGGACCCCAGACAGCCUACAGACACGUGACCAUUACAAUAUAUGAAAAACCUAUCGAUCCUUCUGCUGCGAAAGAUAUGGCUGCUACAGUCACUCAAUCUGAUAUCAAAGAAUACAUGAGUAGCUUCCUCGAGGACAUAUCUGUGACCUGCAGUGCGAUGGGAAAUGUAAGGAAACACCACGCUAUCAAGUACUCCCAGAUGAUAAAAGAAAGACUCCUACAAAUGGGCUCAACUAUAAGAAAUGAAGACAGGAGAACACUAACUGAAGAUCUGGGACUCUACAAGUUACCACCUGGGUCGCCACACGUGAUCAGACGUCAAAUGGAGAUAGCAGAGGCAGAACCAUCUACAAUUCUAAUUGGGUUUCAGAUAGGCAAGUCUGAAUCUACAGGGAGUGAUUCUGAUAAACCACCCUACACUUUGUCUGCUCUAACGGAUUUGCUGGCACUCAUCAUGGGACCAGCUUGCUUUAACUAUUUGAGAACUGAGAAACAACUGGGGUACGCGGCUAACUGUUUUGCUUUUGAGGAUCUGGGUACCGUUCUUCACUUUUACUUCUACAUACAAGGAUCCCGUGACAAAGCAGGACCUGACGUGAUGAACCGUGAGAUCUACAACCUCAUAGAUCAACAGAGGGUGUUAUUCCAUCAUCUAGCCGGGACAGAUGAGGGUCUGACCAAGUUUGAGGGAGCGAAACUGGCGCUGAAACAGCGGAUAUCUGUACGGGCAAAACACACGAGUCUGUACUCACGUGCUCGCGAUUUUAAUUCUCAAAUCUUUUCUUCUACUACGGACUUUAGCAAGGUAGAGAAGAGGCUGGCGGCUGUGGAGGCAUUAACGGUGGGGGAGUUUGUGGAGUUUUAUGAGCAAUUUAUUGUGGGGGAUGGGAGGCGCACAAUCACGUCACAAGUUUAUGGAGCUAGUCACGUUAUGCCUGCUGAACUUGAGGAGGGUGAGAUUCUGAUAGAAGACAUAGAGGAGUUCAGAAAACAACUUACAGACCUUUUCUAGAUUUGAAUACGUAAUCAAUACGUUAUCAAUACGUUAUCAACUGAAUACUGAUGACGUAAUCAACUGUUGGUAGUAAACAUCAAAAUUUGCAAAGAAAUUACUAUCAUAAUAUUUGCUGAGUAACAAGUUUGCAGACUUUGUAUGGUUGAUAUAUAUGGUUGAUGAUAAUAGUUUGUCGAGAGACUUCAUAUUAUUUCUUUGCAUCAUUAAUAAUAAUGAUUCUGAAAAGUAAUUUGUUUUAUUUAUUCUAUUGAAGCCUAUUUGACUCAUAACUGAUUCCGAAUUUUCUCUAACUCCGCCAAUUUCGGAUUUUUAACUUAUUACUGUUCAAUUCACUCACCCUUAAAAUAAAAUAAAAUUAGCACAUAACAUAAGAUUAAUCAGUCGCAUCUUUUUCAAUUCAUCAAGAGAAUCUUUAAAUAAUCUCAGUUACUUUGAAUAGCAACUUAGAGUUCAGCUCGGUUCCGAAUAAACUUCUAAUGUGAUAUGAUACGACAAGGCUCCAUGAUUGUUUCAUUGCAGUGCGAAAAAAUGAAAAGACGAUUUUCUAUGUUUCGUUUCGAGGGAUUUAAUAAAAUAUUAAUUUACAAAUGAUUUAUCUUAAAUAUUAUAUU